GUAGAAAGAAUAGGUGUAAAAAAAAGUUGUGGGAUCUCUAUCACUGAAUUGAAAGUUAGAUUCCGUGACAUGGUGGAAUGUAAUGCAACAACAGUGCUACCCCUAAUGACCAGAACAUCCUAAUCUCCCUUUCUCUCUCUAAACUAAACAGUAGUAGUGGCAGAGAGACAGAGAGAGAAAGAAGCGGUGCAUGGACACACAACAAAACCCAACCAAAUUCAUCAUCACCAUCACCACCACGCAAUGACUCUCCCUUCACACGAUGCUUGGAUUCACACUUCCCACACCCUCCUCCCCAGAUGGAAAUCUCUUUCCCUCCUCUCUCAUCAGCAGUCAACUCUUCCAAUUUCUAUAUCAAGAGUUAACCAAGUUGAUGCAGCAAGAUUGGACGUUGAAAUGUCAGCCAUGUUGAAAGAGCAGUUGGUUAAAGUGUUCUUAUUAAUGAAGCCAGGAAUGUUAUUUCAGUAUGAAGCCGAGCUUGAUGCUUUCCUUGAGUUUCUUAUUUGGCGGUUCUCAAUUUGGGUGGACAAGCCAACCCCAGGCAUUGCUCUCAUGAACCUGAGGUACAGAGAUGAACGUGCAGUAGAACCAAGAGAUAAAGGUAUGAAGUCAGAACUGGUCUGGAGGGACCUGGACUCACUGUUGCUCAGAAGCUUUGGUAUUGUGUUGCCACUGUUGGUGGCCAGUAUAUAUGGGCUCGCUUACAAUCCUUCUCUGCUUUUCGUAGAUGGGGUGAUACUGAGCAGACCGUUGGCUCGACGUUUAUGGAUCUUGAUACAGCGGAUAGAAGGAAUAUAUAGAGCUGCUUCGUUUGGAAACCUGUUGAUAUUUCUUUGCACGGGAAGAUAUCGAAAUCUUAUUGAAAGAGCAUUACGAGCUAGGCUUGUAUAUGGAAGCCCAAAUAUGAAUCGUGCUGUUAGCUUUGAAUAUAUGAACCGGCAAUUAGUUUGGAAUGAAUUUUCGGAAAUGUUAUUGUUGCUUCUCCCCCUACUUAAUUCAUCAUCUGUGAAAAAUCUUCUUCGACCUUUCUCUAAAGAUAAAUCAUCGGGUUCAGCCGAGGAUGGCACAGCAUGUCCCAUUUGCCAGGCUACUCCAACAAUUCCUUAUGUUGCUCUACCUUGUCAGCACAGAUAUUGUUACUACUGUCUUAGGACACGAUGUGCUGCUGCUCCAUCAUUUAGGUGUUCCAGGUGCAGUGAGCCUGUUGUUGCUAUGCAACGGCUUGGUGGUGUCCCCACAGAAUGAUUGAUUGUUACUAAGAAACGAUCUUUUAGCGUUAGGGAGCAUUUUAUCUACUUACAGAAUUAGCAUAUAAAAUACUACCUGAAAUUGUGGUGGUAUUCUUUUCCCCUUACUUUCUCUUUAGUUGGUUUCUCCCUUAUUAUUAUUAUUAUUUAAUUGGGAAAACAAAUCAAAUUUCUUCAUAGCAUCACUUACUUUGGUUCAGUGGGAAGCAUUCUUUCCCUUGUAGCAAUGUAUCAUUCAGUUAUCCCUCAUACAUUUCUUUCCGUUAUUUUUAAGUUAAACUUCAUACUUGUAAAUUAUAUAUGUUGUGAUUGGAUAUAAA